AUGGACGGGACGCCAGACUACUUCACUUAUAAUGAAGACCCGGGGUACAGAAGGUUCGGUGACCAGGACACGGCACAGAUGGACUUUCAUCAAGGCAACCUUGAUAGCUUCCCCAGCGAUGGACCGCUAGCUCUGAAUCACUUGUCGAGCUCUCUGCCAAUGGAUUCACCUCGCUUUGUCCGGUCACCUGUAAUGUCUGCGGAAGAUCACAUAUCCCCUUACGACAGCCAAGACUUCUCGGCGACAUCGCACACUGCGCCGGUCAAGGUUGAAUCCCCAGGACUGUCAAGCGGAUUGUCGUCAACCCCCGAGACACGCGCAUCCCAGCAGCUCAUCACGCCAUAUGAGAACGCACCAGUUCGAAUGAACAAGGGGCCGCAGGAGGUGAUCGAAGCCUCUGGGCACUCUCCGCCUGCACCUGCGAAUGGACCUCCUUCCAAAAGGAGGAGGCAGCAAAAGCCAAAAGCGAAAGAAGGGUGUGACCGCGGUGAGGAAGAGGCCAAGCGAGAUAAGUUCUUAGAGAGGAACCGGGUUGCAGCAACCAAGUGUAGGCAGAAAAAGAAAGAAUGGGUCUCGGAAUUGGAGGAGGCAAAGCUCGACCUAGAAAGCCAAAACACUCACCUUCACAUGGAGUACAGCAACUUGCUGGCCGAAGUGAGUCAAGUCAGAGCGCACAUCAUGGCCCAUGCUGGCUGCAAAGACAAGAAUAUCGAUAAGUGGAUCGAGAACGAGGCGAAACGAUACGUCCUAGGCACGGGCGAGCGGUACGACCAGAUAUUGUCGAAUUAUGGCCCGACGCCUAGUCUGGACGUCCGGCAAGGAAGCAUGUCCUCGGCCCUGGGGUUCCCAAACGCUGGUCCCAAUAUCACCAGCCCGAUGCCACCUCCAUCACAGCGUGGCAGUGUGUCGCUUUCCAGUGGCCUGAUGGUGCCCAACUCGCCCAUCUUGUACCGUCCAAACAUGGCCCCAAACAGCAAUGGGGGAAGCCUCGAGCAAACAUCAGAUACGUUCCAACCUGGGUUUGGGCACACAUCCGAGGUUAACGACAUCACCGACUUCGAUGGCAUGCGGAUGUAA